AAGAUAUUGUACGCACUCUCUCUCUCUACCCUCAUUUUGUCAUUUGUUCUCUCUUUCUCUCUCCGUUCCUCCAUCUCGCCGGCACUCGGCAGAGAAAAGCGAAUAAAAACUGGUGCAAUGUCGACGGAAGAUGAGAAGUUGUUGAAGGAGGCGAAGAAACUGCCAUGGGAGGAUCGAUUGACGCACAAGAACUGGAAGGUGAGGAAUGAUGCGAACAUUGACCUCGCCGCCGUCUGCGAUUCCAUCACGGAUCCGAAAGAUCAUCGCAUUCGCGAAUUUGGGCCGUAUUUCAAGAAGGCUGUUUCGGAUUCGAAUGCUCCUGUGCAAGAGAAGGCUCUCGAUGCGAUAAUUGCGUACUUGAGAGCUGCCGAUGCUGAUGCAGGAAGGUACGCGAAGGAAGUAUGUGAUGCAAUUGUGGCUAAGUGCCUCACUGGUCGUCCAAAGACAGUGGAGAAGUCUCAGAUGGUGUUUAUGCUUUGGGUAGAGUUAGAGGCUGUUGACGCAUUCCUGGAUGCUAUGGAGAAAGCAAUUAAAAACAAAGUUGCCAAAGCAGUUGUUCCUGCAAUUGAUGUCAUGUUUCAAGCGUUAAGUGAAUUUGGGUCGAAGAUUGUACCCCCUAAAAGAAUCUUAAAGAUGCUUCCUGAACUUUUUGAUCACCAAGACCAAAAUGUUCGUGCUUCAUCUAAAGGACUUACACUUGAGCUUUGUCGUUGGAUUGGGAAAGACCCAGUGAAAUCAAUAUUGUUUGAGAAAAUGCGUGAUACAAUGAAAAAAGAGUUAGAGGCAGAGCUUAUCAAUGUCACUGGGACGGCUAGGCCAUCUCGCAAAAUAAGAUCUGAGCAAGAUAAGGAACCGGAACAAGAAGCUCCGUCUGAAGUUGUGGCCUCUGGUCCUUCUGAGGAAUCUGGCACAGAUGUUCCUCAGGAAAUUGAUGAGUAUGAGCUCGUUGAUCCUGUUGAUAUAUUGACUCCUUUGGAGAAGUCAGGCUUUUGGGACGGCGUGAAAGCUACCAAGUGGUCAGAGCGAAAGGAGGCUGUUGCAGAGCUUACCAGGCUUGCUUCAACUAAAAGGAUAGCUCCUGGAGAUUUCACAGAAAUAUGCCGAAUACUUAAGAAGCUUAUUACAGAUGUGAAUAUAGCUGUUGCAGUUGAAGCCAUUCAAGCAAUUGGGAAUCUUGCUAGGGGCCUAAGAACUCAUUUUUCUGGGAGUUCACGCUUCCUAUUGCCUGUUUUACUUGAAAAACUGAAGGAGAAAAAACCUACCAUGACUGAUGCACUUUCCCAAACACUCCAAGCAAUGCACAAAUCUGGGUGCUUAACUCUUGCUGAUAUUGUUGAAGAUGUCAAGGCGGCAGUGAAAAAUAAAGUGCCACUAGUGCGCUCAUUGACUUUAAACUGGGUUACAUUUUGUACUGAGACAAGCAACAAGGCUGUUGUCCUUAAAGCCCACAAGGACUAUGUUCCAAUUUGCAUGGAGUGCCUGAAUGAUGGGACCCCUGAAGUGAGAGAUGCUGCCUUUUCUGUUUUGGCAGCCAUAGCUAAGUUGGUCGGCAUGAGGCCUUUAGAGAAGUCCUUGGAGAAACUAGAUGAUGUUAGAAAAAAGAAACUUUCGGAAAUGAUUGGGGGUUCUGGAGGUGGUACAGUUGGUACAAGCUCAGUCCAAACAUCUGGAGGAGUCGUUUCUUGCGUAGAGGCUUCAGAAGGAUUAUACGUGAGAAAGUCAGCAGCAAGCAUGCUUAGUGGGAAGAAGCCUGUUCAUGCAGCUCCUGCUAGUAAGAAAGGAGUGUCUGUGAAAUCGGGUGUCAGCAAAAAAGAUGGAGCUGGACCAAUGAAAACUUCAAAGCCAGUUGAAUCUGAAGACGUUGAGCCAGCAGAUAUGAGCCUUGAAGAGAUUGAAAGCAGAUUAGGUUCUGUUAUACAAGCUGAUACCAUUUCUCAAUUGAAGAGCAGCGUAUGGAAAGAGCGGCUGGAAGCAAUUGUCUCAUUUAAAGAACAGGUGGUUGGGACGCAGGACCUAGACCAGUCAGUGGAGAUGCUAAUUCGUUUACUUUGUGCUGUUCCUGGAUGGAGUGAGAAAAAUGUGCAGGUCCAGCAACAAGUUAUUGAUGUCAUUAACCACAUAGCAUCUACUGCAUCCAAGUUUCCGAAAAAAUGUGUAGUGCUUUGCCUUUUCGGUAUAAGCGAAAGGGUGGCAGAUAUCAAGACCCGUGCUCAUUCCAUGAAGUGCCUUACAACUUUUUGUGAAGCUGCAAGCCCAGGAUUUAUUUUUGACCGACUAUACAAAAUCAUGAAAGAGCACAAGAAUCCGAAGGUUCUUAGUGAGGGUAUUUUGUGGAUGGUAUCAGCUGUUGAAGACUUUGGUAUAUCACAUGUGAAACUGAAGGAUUUAAUUGAUUUUUGCAAAGAUACGGGAUUGCAAUCCAGUGCUGCUGCCACUAGAAAUGCCACUAUUAAGCUCAUUGGGGUUUUGCAUAAGUUUGUUGGUCCAGAAAUCAAAGGGUUUCUAACAGAUGUCAAACCUGCUCUUCUUAGUGCCCUUGAUGCAGAGUACGAAAAAAAUCCAUUUGAGGGUGCAUCUGCAGUUCCAAAGAAAACUGUGAAGACAUCAGAAUCCACAUCAUCUUCAUUUGGUGGUGGGCUAGAUAGCCUGCCACGCGAAGAUAUAAGUGGGAAGAUCACACCUGCCCUUCUUAAGGGCUUGGAAAGUCCUGAUUGGAAGAUUCGUUUGGAAUCUAUUGAAGCUGUUAACAAAAUAUUGGAAGAGGCCAAUAAGCGCAUUCAGCCAACAGGAACUGCGGAUUUAUUCGGAGCUCUUAGAGGUCGCCUAUAUGACAGCAACAAAAAUUUAGUUAUGGCAAGUUUGACUACUGUUGGCGCUGUCGCAUCUGCAAUGGGAGCAGCAGUUGAUAAGUCAAGCAAGGGCAUUCUAUCUGAUGUUUUGAAAUGCCUGGGUGACAAUAAAAAGCAUAUGAGAGAAUCUGCUUUGACUACUUUAGAUUCUUGGCUUGCUGCUGUACAUCUAGACAAAAUGAUUCCUUAUGUUGCUGCUGCUUUAACGGAUGCUAAGCUUGGCGCGGAAGGGCGUAAGGAUCUUUUUGAUUGGGUAUCCAGGCAACUUACUGGAUUAAGUGAUUUUUCUGAUGCUUCACAUCUUCUAAAACCAGCUGCCUCUGCUAUGACGGAUAAAUCAGCAGAAGUUCGCAAGGCAGCCGAAGUAUGCAUUGGUGAAAUUUUAAGAGCUUGCGGACAAGAAACAGUGACCAAGAAUUUGAAAGAUAUACAUGGACCUGCAUUAGCCAUUGUUCUUGAACGGCUGAAACCACAUGGGACUUUUCAAGAAACAUUUGAAUCAGCAAAAACAAUACCAACAUCCAAAAGUGGCUCAAAGGUUGGGAAAUCUAGUAACAACGGUCAUGCAGAUCGUGCACCAAGGCAUGGAAGCAGAGCAGUGUCUUCGAGAGUUCCCUCAAGCAAAGGUUCAAGGCCUGAAUCAAUUUUAUCAGUUCAAGAUAUGACUAUCCAGUCCCAGCCUUUGUUAAAUGUGAAGGAUUCAAACAAGGAUGAUAGAGAAAGAAUGGUUAUCCGUAGGUUUAAAUUUGAAGAGCCACGGUUAGAGCAAAUUCAAGAGCUUGAGAAUGAUCUUAUGAAGUAUUUCAGAGAAGAUUUGCACAGGAGGCUUCUUAGCACAGACUUCAAGAAGCAAGUUGAUGGUAUUGAGAUGCUGCAGAAGGCACUUCCAUCCACUGGAAAGGAAAUGAUUGAAGUUCUUGAUGUUCUUCUAAGAUGGUUUGGAUUGCGAUUUUGUGAAUCUAAUACAUCAUGCCUAUUGAAGGUGUUGGAAUUCCUUCCCGAACUUUUUGAUACAUUGAGGAAUGAGGGGUACACCAUUACCGAAUCUGAGGCUGCCAUUUUUUUUCCCUGCUUGAUUGAGAAGUGUGGACACAACAUCGAGAAAGUACGAGAAAAAAUGCGGGAGCUGAUUAAACAAAUUAUUAAUGCAUAUUCAGCCCCAAAAGCUUUCCCCUAUAUUUUGGAGGGUUUGCGUUCUAGGAACAACCGAACCCGGAUAGAGUGUGUUGAUCUUGUUGGAUUUUUAAUCGACAGCCAUGGUGCUGAGAUUGGUGGACAAUUAAAAUCAUUGCAGAUAGUUGCAAGCUUAACAGCAGAACGAGAUGGUGAAAUUCGCAAAGCAGCCUUGAAUACUUUAGCUACUGGUUAUAAGAUUGUUGGCGAUGACAUAUGGAAAUAUGUUGGGAAGCUAACAGAUGCUCAAAGAAGCAUGUUAGAUGACAGGUUUAAGUGGAAGGCACGAGAGAUGGACAAAAGGAAGGAAGGAAAACCCGGUGAGGCUAGGGCUGCUUUAAGGCGUUCUGUUAGGGAAAAUGGGUCUGAUUUAGCAGAGCAAAGUGGUGAAGUUUCACGAUCUGUGUCUGGCCCAAUAUUUGCCAGGGAGAUUUAUGGUCACUCUGAGCUUCACAUGGAGAGAAAUGUAAUGACUCGACCACUUGCUAGUGCGAAUGGUCCGACUGACUGGAAUGAAGCUCUGGAUAUCAUUGCAUUUGGUUCCCCUGAGCAGUCUGUUGAAGGAAUGAAAGUUGUUUGCCAUGAGUUGGCUCAGGCAACCGGUGAUCCUGAAGGCAACACAAUGGAUGAUAUUUUGAAAGAUGCUGAUAGGCUUGUUUCUUGUUUAGCAAAUAAGGUAGCCAAGACUUUUGACUUGAGUUUGACAGGAGCCUCUUCAAGGUCUUGCAAAUAUGUUCUGAACACGCUUAUGCAGACAUUCCAAAAUAAACGGCUUGCUCAUGCUGUUAAAGAGAGUACCCUUGACAGUCUCAUCACGGAGCUUCUUCUUUGGCUUUUAGAUGAAAGGGUUCCCCGGAUGGAUGAUGGCAGCCAGCUUUUAAAAGCAUUGAAUGUUUUGAUGCUUAAGAUUCUUGAUAAUGCAGAACGGACAUCGUCAUUUGUUGUCCUGAUUAAUCUGUUACGGCCAUUAGACCCUUCAAGGUGGCCAUCACCAGCAUCAAAUGAGUCCUGUGCGACGAGAAAUCAGAAGUUCUCUGAUUUGGUUGUCAAAUGUCUGAUCAAACUCACAAAAGUUCUUCAAAGUACAAUAUAUGAAGUUGACCUUGACCGCAUCCUUCAAAGCAUCCAUGUAUAUUUGCAAGAUUUGGGAAUGGAGGAAAUCAGGAGAAGAGCUGGAGCUGAUGAUAAACCAUUACGAAUGGUUAAAACUGUUCUACACGAGCUUGUUAAGCUUCGUGGGACUGCAAUCAAGGGUCAUCUUUCUAUGGUUCCAAUUGACAUGGAACCACAGCCUAUUAUUCUUGCGUACAUUGAUCUUAAUCUUCAGACUUUGGCUGCUGCGAGAAUGUUGACACCUUCAGGCCCUGCUGGCCAAACACACUGGGGUGAUUCUGCAGCUAACAAUCCAACACCUGCCACUCAUUCUUCUGAUGCCCAGUUGAAGCAAGAACUCGCUGCAAUUUUCAAGAAGAUUGGUGACAAGCAAACAUGUUCCAUUGGUCUUUAUGAACUUUAUCGCAUCACCCAAUUAUAUCCCAAGGUUGAUAUAUUUGCUCAGCUCCAAAAUGCUAGCGAGGCAUUUCGAACAUAUAUCAGAGAUGGUUUAGCUCAGAUGGAGAAGAAUGCAGCGGCAGGAAGGACACCUUCUAGUUUACCAUUAUCAACUCCUCCCCCAGCUACUCUAAACCUUUCUUCCCCAAAAUUUGCAUCACUUUCACCUAUAAGUACAAAUCCAUUGAAUGAUGCAAAAUCUCUAAAUAUUAAAGUAGAACCAUCAAACUUCAGUUUACCCCCAUCUUAUGCUGAAGAUGACAGGGCCAGUAAUUUUGCCUCUUCGAGAGCUCCUAUGUCUGACCAUUCAGAUUUACGGCAGUAUCUAGGGGAACAAAAGAAUGACAAAUUUCCAUCCGGAGUGUCUGGCGGAACAUUAGAUGCUAUAAGAGAAAGGAUGAAGAGCAUCCAGCUAGCAGCAGCUGCUGGGAACCCGGAUUCUGGAAACAGGCCACUAAUGCACAUGAAUGGCAAUUUAACUCACAGUGUCCCUAGUCAGUUUACACAUGCAGCAGACCGUGCUAGUUCAGAUAAUUCUGUGCAGAGUGGGGUUCUUCCUAUGGAUGAGAAGGCAUUGUCUGGCCUUCAAGCAAGGAUGGAGAGACUUAAAAGUGGAUCAAUUGAACCGCUUUAGGAGGAAGAGAGUUCGGGGACACCGAUUUGAUUCAUUGAGCAUCCGGGUGUUGUAACUGUGGCAUAAGAAGCCAGCCUUCUGUAAAUGAAAGAGGGGAGCACCUGAGUGUAAUUAUAGGGAUGGUUGCCGGUAUAGAUUAGAUACUAAGCAUUUGGUGCAUUGAAACUCAACCUUGGAAGUUUUUUAUACUCCCUUGAUUUUGCGGCAGAGAUGUGGUGGUUGGCACUGGUUUAUGAUGUGUACCUCAUUCGUGUGUAAUUUGUAUAUUUUAGUUGACGCUUUGUUCUUUUUGGCCAAUGUGCCUGUCAUUUCCUCUAAUUUAAUGCCAACAGUUUUAAA